CCUCCGCCGCCCCCCGCGCCAUGGCGGCCCCGGCGCUGCCCCCGCUGCCGCCGCAGCUCAAGAGCAUCCAGCACCAUCUGCGGACCGCGCAGGAGCUGGACAAGCGCGAGCCCGUGGUGGCGUACUACUGUCGUUUGUAUGCAAUGCAGACAGGGAUGAAGAUUGACAGUAAAACGCCAGAAUGCCGUAAAUUUUUAUCCAAACUUAUGGAUCAGUUGGAAGCUAUGAAAAAGCAAUUUGGUGAUAAUGAAGCAAUUACUCAGGAAAUUGUUGGCUCUGCUCAUGUGGAGAAUUAUGCCUUGAAAAUGUUUUUGUAUGCAGACAAUGAAGACAGAGCUGGGCAAUUUCAUAAAAACAUGAUAAAGUCCUUUUAUACUGCAAGUCUCCUGAUAGAUGUUCUAACAGUAUUUGGGGAGCUCUCUGAAGAGAACGCCCAGCACAGGAAGUACGCCAGGUGGAAGGCAGCCUACAUUCACAACUGCUUAAAGAAUGGAGAGACUCCUCAGCCUGGCCCCAUUGGAAUGGAGGGAGAGAGUUUUGCAGAUGCUGAAAGGGAAGAAGCGGGGUCAUCUUCUGUCCAUAGUGGAACAGCUCCAUCAUCAUCAUCUACAUAUGAAGCUAACAACAUACCAACUAGUAAUUACACUGGCAUACAUAUACCACCAGGUGCCCAUGCACCUGCCAACACUCCAGCUGAAGUACCUCAUAACACAGGAGUGACAAGUAACACCAUUCAGCCUGCUCCACAGAAUAUUCCUCUGGUUGAUCCUUCCCUUUACAGUGCUCAGUCUGCAGGAGAAGUCCGCUUGACUCCAGAGGACUUUGCCAGAGCUCAAAAAUAUUGCAAAUAUGCCGGCAGUGCGUUGCAGUAUGAAGAUGUGAGCACUGCUGUGCAAAAUCUACAGAAGGCCCUCAAGUUACUCAUUACAGGCAGAGAAUGAAGCUUUAAUCCAACAGAUUCAUGUCUUUCGCCUAAAGAACUAACAGUUUAUUGCUGUACCUAUUAGGGAAGUGGAGUUACACAGAAAUUCUCAAUCCCAUCACUCAUGACUAUGAAACCACUGUUUCAGUGUCAGAUUAGCAAUUAAUGGUACAGUAGGAAUCUCUGUUUUCAUUUUAAAGACAGUGGAGCUUGAAACAUGAAUGCAGUGGCUUGAUGUAUGCAAAAUAUUAACGAAAGUACUGUGAACAGCACUCGAGUUAGAAUUCAUUUUGCAAUAUUCGGAUUAUCAGAAUUGGAAAAUGCUCACUGUAAAAAACUUGAGAAUUUGGAUGUUUUGUUAAAAUUCUUACACCUGUUUUAUUAUUGCAAACAAUUAUUUAAUAGGUAUAAUAGCUUUAAAAUGAUAACUAAGAUUAGUGCUUUCCUCCUGAAAUGCGAGGCUGAAUGUGAGAAGGCUGACAGGUCCACACUGGGAAGGACUUUUUGAUACGUAAAUUAUUUCACUAUUUGUAUUAUCUGAGACUUUAGUCUAAGUUGAGGGAGUUUUGAGGACAUUUGUAUUUCAUUUGAAAAUGUUCUGGAAAAAACAUCUCUUGAUACUUCAGAGGGAGUAAUUUUGAUGGUGUUCCAAUUUAAUCCCCCACAGGUGUAUGGACUACUACGUGUAUUCUUGAUUAUUGGUUCUUGCUCCUUCUGUGUAAACACUUAAAAUUUUAUAUAUCUGUAUGGGUAAUUAAGAAAAAAUACUAAUGUUUAUCAACAAUGAUCCCAAAACUGGAGGCAGAGAUUCUAAAUAAUUUGAACUUUCAGGAAGACUUACUGAAAGAACAAAACUGUUCCAUCUUUUUAAGAGGCUGGGAAUAAGCUCAUAGGUUUGUCUCUGGUAUUAGUGUCAUAGAGCUUUGUAUUUCCAACUAAUAUUUUUCCUGUCUGCUUUGUUGUGAAGACUUUUGGACUUGGGAUUUAAUUAAAAUAUCUUGGAAACUGAA